AUGUUCUCCCUGCCUUCCCUCUCCUCCUGGCUCCCCAACCUCCCUUCCUUUGAGUGGGGUUCCAAUCUCUUCGACAGCUUCCUGCAAGGCCUGAUCGGGGCCCUUGGAGUCUCGGUUCUCAACAGUCUCCUGAAAGUUUACUUCUUCGUGGCCUGUGUCAAUGACCCCCAGCGGCAGCCCCAAAAGCAGCGGCUGCGAGCGCAAUGGGCCUCAUUGGAGAUGGUGCAUCUGGCUGGUCUGGCUCUGUUCCUGACCGUGAUAGGGGCCCGGGUCUCCGCCCUCGUGGUCUUGGAGUUCUCCCUCCGGGCUGUAUCCACGCUGCUGUCCCUGGGCAAGGGCUCCCAGGACAAGGAGCGUCUCCAGCUCUUCCUGGUGUGUCAGUUCUCCCUGGGCUGUGGGCUAAGUUGUGGCCUGAGCUUCCUCCAGGAAGGCGCCCCACACCGCUCCCUGAACCUGCUGCUGAGCCUGGGACUGGCUGUACUUCUCCGCCUGGGUGCCCGGCGCCUAAACCUCCAUAUCUGCAGCCUCUACGAACUGCACAGCAGCCAGCGCUACUGUGGCGUCUGCUUGGGCCUACUGGCCAGCCAGCACGCCAUGCCCAGGUUCCUGGGCCGCGCUCUGGGAGUGGCCUUCGCUGUGAGUGAUCUAGCAGCUGUGGCCCUCAUCAACAAGGACUUCCUGAGCACAUCAGAGGCCGUGCGAUUCUGGACCCCACUCACCAUUUGCUACACGCUGCUGGUUAUCUACAUGCAGGAGGAGCAGCGGCAACAUCGCUUCAGCCUACAGGGCCAGAUCCAGACGGUACUGGUGCGCAUGGGUGGCCUCUUUGUUCUGUUGAUGACCGUGGGUCGCUGGCUGGACCUCCUGGGUGUCUUUGUCUCCCUUUUGGGUGAGCUGUGGUGUUUAGCAGGUAUUCGCGCCUUAAUCGACCUCUGCCAGAUACAGGGCUUUCCACCCCAGAGGCCUACAGUAACAGCAGCAGUAACAGCAGAAGGAGAAUGAAGACGGACAGGUCCAUGCGAGCCCCAGCCUUCCACACCUGCCCCAGCCAGAAGCGCGGUCCCCUUCUGACUUGCCCUGCAGAGGAUGUGAAGUCAGUUUCAGGCCUACACGGGCUAACCAGCAAGGUCUUGACCACAAGAUGUGGCCUGAAGACUGAGUAGCAGAGCUGGUCCCCACCUAGACUUUCAAGCAGGCCAUGGGGGCUCUGGAGAAAGGGGAUGGCCAGGGCUGGGGACCUAGAGAGAUGGGAACAUGAAGGCCUCUGAGUGAAUCCCUCUCUUGAAGAUGGGCAGCUUCAUCAGACUCACUUUUCCUGGCCUUGCAAGAGGGCAGAGGACAAUUGUGACCUCAGAAUGACCCCUGUCCUCUGACCACCCCUCCCCCACCUUGCUC